AUGCUUCCCGCACAACAUCCUGAAAUUGUUUUACUGGAUGAUGAUGAUGAUGAUGGAGAGGAUGAUGAACAAAUAACACCGAUUCAAUCAUCGCUUCCAUCAUCUGCUCAUCCUGUCUUUCCGAACACUUUAACCCGGCUCUUCCAAUCGAGCACAAAUCAACAACAGUCAUCGGAAAGUAUCUCCAAUCAUCUGUUGAAUAGUAUUCAAUCCACAACAACAAAUUCUAUUAGAAGUAACCCCGUUAUGUCAUCCGUUGAUCCAACGUUUGAUGGAGGCUAUGAUACCAUGUCUCCCUAUACGCCCUCCAAGAGAAAGCUUGAAGAAAUGCAACAACAAUUUGAUGACUCCAGUGAUGAUGAAUUGUAUGAAGAAGAAAGUUUACAACUCACAUUUGCAAAAGCAAGCAGCAGUAACUCAAGUACUAGUUCUGGUAAUGCGACAAGUGCUAGUGAGGACUCUUCAUCGUACUAUGUUACUGGUAGCAAUGCAUUUGGUAUGCUCGGAAUUGGAAAUAUUGUUUCUGAUAGUUCAAAGGUUACGUCUUUUACGCGUAUGAACAACCCUGCCAUUGUGCCAUCAAAUAUUAAAAUCAUGGCUUGUGGACAUUAUCAUACUAUAGCCAUCACGAAAGACAAUCAAAUCUAUGCAUGUGGAAAGAAUAAUUACGGCCAACUUGCAAUGGGAAAUCUCACAAAAGUAUUUCCAAUUUUCAAAAUGGUAGAAUCUAGCAUGAAUGGAAUACCAAAAGAAUUAAUUAGAGACGUAAAAUGUGGCAGAUAUCAUACCAUGUUCAUUACAGAUCAAGCUACAGAUAAUGUGUGGGUUUGUGGAAAAAACAAAUCUGGCCAAAUGUCACUUCCUUCAGCCAAUAUUUAUCCUUCUCCCACUCGCCUUGUAGCUCAAUUUUCAGGAAAAAUUUUGUUUGCUUCUUGUGGAUCUGAAUUUACAUUUAUCAAAACCACCGACGGUGUGUAUUCGUGUGGAGAUAAUUCAAGAGGUCAAUGUGGACUUGGAGUGGACACUCUCCAAGUGAAAUCCUUCAAACCACUCAAAACAAGCUUUUCUAGACUCAAUAUUGUACAGAUAGAAUGUGGAGAAUUUCAUUCUCUGUUUUUAACCGCUUCAGGAGAAUUAUGGGGCUCUGGUACAAGUGUGAAUGGCCAACUUGGCUUUGAUCCACAACUACUAGGUAAACAAAGUGUGAAUAACCCUAUCAAAAUUGAUACUCCCCUCAAUGAGACAAUUAAGCAAAUAAGAUGUGGCUUCCAUCACUCUGCUUUUUUGACUCUAAGUGGAAAAGUUUAUAUUUGUGGCAGGAAUGGUGACGGCCAGUUGUCGUGUGGUGAACAAACACCUAGACUUUUCACUUUUACGCAUAUACCCAUCUCGGCCUCUUCUCUUAGUCAUCACUUUGUACAAGAUCUUUAUUGCUACUCGUAUUAUUCCAUUGCCAUCACAGACAAGAUGGAAAUGUUCUUGACAGGAUCCAACAAGUGUGGUCAAUUAGGUACAGGAGAAGGUCAACGAGUGGACAAAUUUACGCGCACAUUCAAACAUCGUGUUAAGGCUGUAUAUUGUGGCAGAGACACCUUAAUGGUGGAGGCUGAAGAUAGAGAGUAUAAUGAAGCUAUUUACGAUGACACUUUUGGAAAGAUGUUGAACUUUGAAGAUUCGAAUUUGAUUCCUCUUCUUGAUUCAUUCAUUAUUUGUAGCGAUGGAAAGAAAUUCCCCAUUCUCUACGACUUUGUGAUAACACGCUUUCCACUCCUAGAGAAGUAUUCAAAAGAGGUCACAGAAGAGAGCAGUGUAGGCUCCUCCACAGAACCUCCUACCAAGAAGAGAAAAUCUGGUGGUGAUGAUAGAACCAUGAAGAUAAUUGACUUAACUCCUAUUGCAACACUUUCGAGCAAUUCUAUUCUAAAGCUAUUAACAUACAUCUGUACAGACGUGGUCGAGGACAGAGAUAGCCCAAACUCUAUACAGGACGAUCUCAAAAUUAUACAGUGGAUUACAGAAAAUAGUGGCCUAGACUUCUCUGCGUCGUCUCAGGACACUUCAAACACCACUCGAUUUAUCAAAUUAAUUUUACAAAAGAUUCUUACAUCUAUCACCAACACAACAGUUGUCAAUGUAUUGGGAGCUCUCCAGGUUCUCAAAAAGCAUCCUUUGAUUAUUAACUUGUACAGACAUUGCAUUGCAUUAAUUCGAAAAAUCGAAAAGACCUAUACCAUUAGCGAAAUUGCAAACUUUGAUCAACUCUCAAGGGAGGCAUUACUGGAAACUCUAACAUAUGGAGAGAAUUAUCACUGCCUAGGCUCAAGUGACAUCUCAGUUCCUCCCUCAUCAUUUUCAACAAAUUUGGAACAAUUAUUUAACAACACUCAAAAAUCUAAUGGAAACAUGGGAGAUGUUACUUUAUUGCUCAACAAAGAAGGCACCAGGGUAUUGUAUGCUCAUAAGGCUAUCCUUGCUGUGAAAUGUGACUUUUUCAAACUUAAAUUUACUUCUGGAAUGGGUGACAUGGAUUCAAGACGGGUUGAAAUUUAUGAAUAUGCUGAUGAAAAUGAGAUUCGUGCUCAAGAGGAAUUUAUCAGAUAUCUGUACACUGACAAAGUUGAGCUCACAAAAAACAAUGCCAUUAGCUUCUUGACGAGAUGGAAUUUCUAUUCAAUGGACAUCAAUCAUCCCAUUAGCGUGAAAUGUCAAGAAAUUAUUGUUGAUGGAUUGAAUGAGCAAAACGUGUUAGAGUUCCAAAAGUCAUUCUUCCUCGACCGAUCCUCUCCUUAUCAUCAUCUCAGAAAGGCUUGCAUUCAAACCUUAAUCAGAUAUUGGCCAUCCAUCAAUGAAAGGUAUUCCAAGAGACAAAUCAUGGAAUACAUGUCGUUUGAUCGAUAUAUCAAAGUCACACAGGCCUAUUUGAAAAUAUUUACAAAGCGUACUGCUAAACUUCAGCAACAACUGCAAACUGUUCAACAACUGCAAACAACCCCAACAGCGCUUCAGAAUUGA